CAACGUUAGACCGGCCACCAGAAUACCAUGUAAUUUAGUUAAAGUUUAACCCGGUCAAUUUUAACAGAACGCUUUUUACAACUUUUGCCUAAAAACGUAGUUUAAGCGAUUUUGUCCAGAAAAGAAUGUGCCAUUUGCUGCAGCUGAAGAUAUUUAUCACAGUGCCAUAGGUCAAACCAGUCACUGCACAAGGGGGAGAAAACGUUAAUAGCAGCUGCCAUGGCGUUAGAGCAAACCCUAGCUGUAAAGAGCCACAUUCUCAUCUAUCACCUGCCUCGCCCAACUGCUUCGUCCCUAAUUUUCACCCUCAACCCUAAAAAUCGGAGAAGUUCAUCCCGCAUAAAAUGCUCGUUCGACUACAACGGCAGCGGUACCGCCGCGAACAACGGCAGCGGGUUUUACGAGUACGAGCGAGGUGCGGAGACUUCCGCAGUGGCGGAAAGCAUGCAGCACCCUAAGCCGGCGGAGAUUCAGUGGAAUAAGGAGCUCUGCAACACGGUGCAGUUUAUUGGUGUAAUUGCGGCUCCGGUUCAGAUUAAGCAUUUCCCUUCAGGGAAAGUUGUUGCUAAUUCUCGUCUUACCGUGAAGACAAACAAAACUGAUACAGUUCGGAUAAACUUGAAUUUCUGGAAUGAGUUGGCCCAAGUUGCUUUUCAGCAUGUCGAAAUAGGUCACCAAGUAUAUGUCGCUGGUCGCCUAGUUGCAGACACAGUUCAAGAUGAUAAUGGGAUGUCACAGACCUACUAUAAGGUAAUUGUAAAGGAAUUGAAUUUUAUUGAAAGGAGCCAAAUCAAAUCGUCCACUCCAUUAUACUAUGGGGAUUCCAACUCUGCGAGACAAGGCAAAAAGCAAUACCCUACAAAUUCAACUGGUUCAUUAGAAGAACUCUGGCAAGCAUUCUUUGCUAAUCCAACGGAAUGGUGGGAUAAUAGGAAGAACAAGAAAAACCCGAACUAUCCAGAUUUCAAGCACAAAGAUACCGGUGAAUCGUUGUGGGUUGAUGGUAGGUAUAAUCCAUCAUGGGUAAAAUCACAACUUGAUGUGCUCGACUCCAAGAUGGAAUCAUUUCGGGAGCAAAACUUGAGCGCGUAUCAAAAUUUCAUGUCUGUGGAUAAUCUUGGGCCCUUCUGAUGAGCAAAACUCGAGGGCGUACAUGUGUGGAUAAUCUUGGGCCCUUUUAGUUUGCUAUUCAUGCUUGCUGAGACAAAUUUUCCUAAGCUGAUGGUUACGAUUCUGUACAGGUUUCACUGUACUCUACUGUUAACCACACUUUUGAUCGACUGCAUCUUGAUUUCAUCUUUAUCAGUGUACUAUUAUGUUGAAGUGUUGUAGUAUUGGUGUUUUGUCUGUUCCUGCUAACAAGUGGCAUUGCAGUUGUUAAAUUCUUCUCUGUUACGCCCAUUUAUGUUCACUUCAUUAAUUCAUGAUCUUGCGAUGGGGCUGACAAUUGGAUAGACACCCUAACAAAUUAAAGUUGUAGAUUACUAAUACCUUGUGGGAAUAAAAGUAAAGUGUUUUGAGUUGUGAUGAUUUUAAUUUUGGAAUUUAGAAAUAUUGUAAUCGGUUGAGCUAUCAAUUAUUGGCCUUGACU